GCGGCGACCGAAUAGUUUACGGAGUGACUUGUAAAAUAUUUGUAUUCUAACAAAAUAAGAAAAUGUCUGCGAGAUACGAUAGAGCUAUUACGGUAUUUUCACCUGAUGGUCAUUUACUUCAGGUGGAAUAUGCCCAGGAGGCAGUUCGUAAAGGAUCGACUGCGGUCGGUGUGAGAGGCGCUGAUGUAGUUGUACUAGGUGUCGAAAAGAAAUCAGUUGCAAAAUUGCAAGAAGAAAGAACUGUGAGAAAGAUCUGUCUGCUUGACGACCAUGUCGUAAUGGCAUUUGCUGGUUUGACCGCAGAUGCUCGUAUUCUCAUCAACAGGGCUCAAAUUGAGUGUCAAUCGCAUAAAUUAACGGUUGAGGACCCUGUGACUUUGGAGUACAUUACUCGAUACAUAGCUGGACUAAAACAAAAGUACACCCAGAGCAAUGGACGUCGACCUUUCGGUAUUUCUUGUUUGAUUGGAGGUUUCGAUUAUGAUGGCCAUCCUCAUUUAUUCCAAACAGAACCAUCAGGAAUCUACUAUGAGUGGAAGGCCAAUGCUACGGGCAGGUCAGCUAAAACUGUCAGAGAAUUCUUAGAAAAGAAUUAUACUGCUGAUGAAGUUGCUACUGAAAAUGGUGCUGUAAAGCUUGCCAUUCGUGCUCUCCUUGAAGUGGUUCAGUCUGGACAAAAGAACUUGGAGAUAGCAGUGAUGAGACGUGGUCAACCAAUGCAGAUGCUGGAUUCCGACACCAUCAGCUCAUAUGUGUCUAUCAUAGAGAAAGAAAAGGAGGAAGAAGCAGAGAAGAAGAAACAGAAGAAGUAAUAUCUUUAUGUGUUGCACACUUUUCUAUAUUAACUAAUACAUGUUUUUAAGGAAAUUACA